AUGGCUGGCACCUUCAUGGCGGCUCCUCUUGGUGGUGGUCAGGAGUGCCUCUCAGCUGCUGAGCCGUCCAUUGUCUACAGUGGUGUUGAAACAGAGACACUGAGAGAUGAGACCUUCAGCUGCUUGACAGCCCUGUGUUCCUUGAUUGCAUUUAUUCCUAGUUCCAGUUUCCAAACCAGCAGCAUCUCAAGUGGUAUUGGCACAGCAGCCAAGUUUAUUGGGGCUGGAGCUGCCACAGUUGGAGUGGCUGGCUUUGGAGGUGGAACUGGAAGUAUGUUUGAGAGCGUCAUCACUGAUUAUGCCAGGAAUCCUUUGCUGCUGCAGCAACUCUUUCACUACACCAUUCUGGGAUUUGUCCUCUCAGAGGCCUUGGGGCUCUUUUGCCUGAUGGUGAUCUUUCUGAUUCUCUUUGCCAUGUGA